AUGGCAGACAAAUUACCACCUCAAAUAUCAAACCCCUUCCUCUCCUCCUCGUUCCCCUCCGCCUCUUCUUCACCAGAGAACGACAACACACCCUCCGCACGCUCCGACCCGCCCCCACCCUUGCCCGCAGAUCUCGACAACCCAACCCCCCAAGAGGACGCCGCCGUCGACGACUGGCUCCGCCGCAACACCUCGUACAUCACCACCAUCCCCUGGUUUCGCUACCCGGCCCUCCCCGCCCUCAGCCUGCUCUGGGGCUACUCGGACGCCGAUUUCCGCGACGAGUGCCUCGAAUCCCUCCUCUUCUACACCCGCGCCGCCGGCCGCCGCCUGUCCCUGCGCGAGCGCGACGCCGUCCUCGAGCCCAUCACCCGCACCGCCGUUGCCGCUAGUUAUGAUCGCCCCGUCGCACUCGGUCUGGCAGCCUGGCUUAUGGCGCGGAGCUGGGCAAAGAGUGGGCACAGGGCUGCUGCUGCCGCUGCCGCUGCCGCCGCGGCGCACGCGCAGCAAUACCAGCAGUAUGCAGCAGCAGCAGCAGCAGCACAGAGUGCGACGAUGGGCACGGUCGGCGCGGACGGGCACAUCACACACUUUUCGGGCGGCCAGACACAUCAUCAACCCCAAACACACUCACAAAUACACUACGGCGCUGGCGGCGCCAGCAGGAGCCAGGUAUUAGGCACCCUGGCCAGGCGCGUCGUGAGGACUGGCUCUGUCGGCCUGUUCUGCGCCGCGGGGUACUACGUGCUAUGGACGCCGUGGAGGUUUAUGCUGGGGAACCAGGAGGUGGACUCGAUACGGGAGGACCUCCGGCUGGAGAAGAUGUGUCAGGAUAUGGACCGUAAUAUGAACAGCAAGGUGGCCGAGAUGUUGAGGCGUCAUGGGGGUUCGUGAAAUGAGGGGAAAGCCAGCUGGGCAAGGGAGCAGAGAGUAAUAACUGUCUAUCGGACCUGGAAUCAUCAGGCCUGUUGGAUUUAGGAGGGGCGGCAGGGAGAGCCCAAGGUUCUUAGGGCUGCCUGCUUACCUUUUCUGGGAAGAGGUAGUCAGUCAGCCUGGUUGGUGAUAUGAGCUCCAUUUGCAGGACACAAAGAUGCAAAGGCAGAGUUCGUCAGCAUAGCGUGAGGUUAUAGCGCUCAGCAAGACAGACAGGUGAGUAGAGAUACACGUUAGGAAUGUCUCUUGUCCAGUCCAGGAGCGUGGAGCAGAAACUUGGCUGCCCAAACCAAACGGAUACGUUUCAGGUUUUUCUACCUCUGCUGAAUUUCACUUCAUGUCUGGAGGAUUAUCUUAUUCUCGAGUUAUAAAUCAUAAGCAAUGAAGAUUGUCG